CCUGGGUAGCCAGUCAGCGCAGUUCAAGCUCUGCAACCUAGAUUCAGCUGUGUCAGAGCCUAGACAAGAGACCAAAGCUUGGUGGCUCGUUGUCCGACACGCACAGCUAGAGUGCCGCAGGGCUACUGACUCUUAGGUGUUUAGAGUAUACGCUAGCAUAGCUAGCAGAUCCGAUAGGAAGCUAGACAACGAUAAACAAGCCUCCAAGGUACAAUUCAAGCUUCAAUGCCAUUUGAUGAGGCCCGCCUUCAUAUCAGAGCUUGUAUGCAAUGGGAGAUAAAAGGAGAGUAUAGAGUACAGACACAGUUUGCGGCACCUGAAAAGACAGAUCCAAAAAUGACGUGAAGGGCGACAGAGCUUGAUACUACAUAGCAGCAAUGAACUUCCUCAAGCGCUCAGCUCAGAGAUUACAGCGGCAAGCCGUCGAUGUACUGCGUGCUGACCCGACGCCUUCUACUGCGCGGCCAAUGCCUCUAUUCGAAUUUCCCGCCGAUGCAGACCGCAUGAUCACAGGAUCCGAUGCCGACUAUCAGACUUCUACUUCUGUUGCUAGCAUUCGAGCCUCGAAGGAGGAGGAAAGGCACAGAAGUAUGGCAUCAGCUGCUGCAGCUACAAACAAUCCGAGUGAUCCUGACAGCUACCUCACAUUCGAGGGCAAGACAGCGCAAGAUGGGUACGCUGCAUUGCGAUCCAAAGUCUCCGGUUCCUCCUUUUACGGCACAGAAACGUGGGAUAUCGGGCCCUAUGCGAAUCUAUCAUUACUCGUACGUGGCGAUAGUAGAAAGUAUUUCGUCAAUCUGCAGACGGACAGCUACCUCGCAACCGAUCUCUACCAGCAUCGCUUGUUUCUACGGACGCCAGGCGAGUGGGAGCAUGUUGUCUUACCCUUUGAUGAUUUUACACUCACCAAUAAUGGUCAAAUACAGGAUCAUCAGGUUGCCAUGGACAAGUACCGCCUGAAAACGAUCGGUGUCAGUAUACUGGAUCGUAUGCCAGGCAAGUUCAAGUUAGACAUCAAAUGGAUUCGAGCUGCAAAUCUUGCUGGUCAGGCUGCACAGCCGGAUCAGAAUGAUGCGAAUAAUCUGUGAGAUAUUCACUAUAGAAACUGACGUUACAUACAUUACGAUUUGAUCUUUCUUCAUUCGUCCAGUUGAUCACGAAUACGUCGGUCAUAAGUACUGAGUGGUGCAGACUCCCUUUCCUCUUUGGCAACCUCGUCAAAGGCACGUUGCGUCUGUGCCCAUACCUGCUCUUCCUUGCCCCAGCCAAGGCGCUUGUCCGUGUCUGGCUUUGUAGGACAUGCUUCCACGGUGUCCUCAUCGAGUCCGGCCAGAACCUUGUCUUGCAUCGUUGCCUCUUGAGGCUUAGUGGACUUGACUGCUUGCAUUACAUCUGCUUGUAGUGACAAGUGUUCUACAAUGGUGUUCACCUCACCCAUACCUCCUGUACCGAGAUCGCCACAAGCCAGUCUCUUCUCAAUCGGUCCAAGCAGCUCGAAACGCAGCGUCUCUUGAAGAAAUUGCAAG